ACCGCGCCUCCUCCUCCUCCUCCUCCUCCUCCGCAGCCGCCGCCGCUGCCGCUGUGAGGGGAAGGGAAGCCGGGAUGGAGGACGAGGAGCUGGAUUUGGCCGACGAGCUGGAAGCCGCCUUGCAGCUGGCGCCGGAGGUGCAGCUGGCCAUCGAGCAGGUAUUUCCCAGCCAGGAUCCAUUGGACAGGGCUGACUUCAACGCCGUGGAAUACAUCAAUAGUCUUUUUCCAACCGAGCAAUCUUUGGCCAAUAUUGAUGAUGUAGUGAACAAAAUCAGAUUGAAAAUAAGAAGAUUGGAUGAUAAUAUUCGGACAGUGGUGAGAGCUCAGACCAACGUGGGGCAAGAUGGCCGUGAGGCUCUUGAGGAGGCCCAAAAAGCCAUCCAGCAGCUGUUUGGCAAGAUUAAAGACAUUAAGGAUAAAGCAGAAAAAUCGGAGCAGAUGGUUAAAGAGAUCACCCGGGACAUCAAGCAGCUCGACCACGCCAAACGCCACCUGACCACCUCCAUCACAACGCUGAACCACCUCCAUAUGUUAGCCGGGGGAGUGGAUUCCCUGGAGGCUAUGACCAGGAGAAGGCAGUAUGGAGAGCUUGCUAACCUUCUACAAGGGGUUGUCAACGUACUGGAACAUUUCAACAAAUAUAUGGGGAUCCCACAGAUCCGUCAGCUUUCCGAAAGAGUGAAAGCGGCCCAGAAUGAGCUGGGACAACAGAUCUUGGCUGAUUUUGAAGAGGCCUUUCCUUCCCAAGGCACAAAGCAGAGAUCAGCUGGUCCCAGCAACGUUCUCCGCGAUGCCUGUUUGGUCGCCAACGUCUUAGAUCCCCGGAUCAAGCAGGAAAUCAUCAAGAAGUUUAUUAAGCAGCACCUCUCGGAAUAUCUGGUGCUUUUCCAGGAAAACCAAGACGUGGCUUGGCUAGACAAGAUUGACCGCCGUUAUGCUUGGAUCAAACGUCAACUGGUAGACUACGAGGAAAAAUACGGCCGGAUGUUCCCAGGAGAGUGGUGGAUGACUGAACGGAUCGCAGUGGAUUUCUGUCAUAUUACAAGGACGGAGCUGGGGAAAAUCAUGCGCACCCGGGCAAGAGAGAUCGAAGUCAAGCUUCUGCUUUUCGCCAUCCAGAGGACUACCAACUUCGAAGGGCUGCUGGCCAAACGCUUCUCGGGCUCCACAUUGUCAGAGACAGUGACGAAAAAGCCGGAUCCUCCCCCGGUCUCCACCAACCCUUUUCUCGACGAAGAAUCUGUGAUGGAUGAGGAUGAAAGUCCAUCGGAAAAGAUUGACAUUGACAAGCCACAAAAGCCCAAAAUUCCAAAUAAUCCGUUCCAUGGAAUUGUUUCUAAGUGCUUUGAGCCCCAUCUGUAUGUCUACAUUGAAUCUCAGGACAGAAACCUCGGAGAGCUGAUUGACCGCUUUGUGGGGGACUUCAAAGCCCAGGGACCCCCCAAGCCGAACGUGGAUGAGGGCGGGGCCGUUCUGCCCAGCUGCGCUGACCUCUUUGUCUAUUACAAGAAGUGCAUGGUCCAAUGCUCGCAGCUCAGCACCGGGGAGCCCAUGAUCGCCCUAACGACCAUAUUCCAGAAAUAUCUGCGGGAAUACGCCUUGAAGAUCCUCUCCGGAAAUUUACCCAAGACCACGAACACCAGCAGCGGCGGCCUGACCAUUACCAGCCUACUAAAAGAAAAGGAUGGUUCAGAGGUGGCCAAAUUCACCCUAGAGGAGCUUUGCCUGAUCUGUAGCAUUCUGAGCACGGCCGAAUAUUGUUUAGCGACCACCCAGCAGCUUGAAGAAAAGCUCAAGGAGAAGGUGGAUGACAGCUUGGUUGAAAGAAUCACCCUGAUGGGAGAGAUGGAUACCUUCAGCACCGUGAUUUCCAGUAGCAUCCAGCUUCUGGUGCAGGAUUUGGACGGAGCUUGCGAUCCAGCCCUCACCGCCAUGAGCAAAAUGCAGUGGCAAAACGUGGAGCACGUCGGGGAUCAGAGCCCUUACGUGACGUCGGUCAUCUUGCACAUUAAGCAGAACGUCCCCAUCAUCCGGGACAACCUGGCCUCCACCCGGAAGUAUUUCACCCAGUUCUGCAUCAAGUUUGCCAACUGCUUCAUCCCCAAGUUUAUCAACCACCUUUUCAAGUGCAAGCCGAUCAGCAUGGUGGGGGCAGAACAGCUGCUGCUGGACACUCACUCCCUGAAAAUGGUCCUGCUCGACCUGCCGUCCAUCGGCUCGCAGGUGGUGAGGAAGGCGCCUGCCAGCUACACGAAGAUCGUGGUCAAGGGCAUGACGCGGGCCGAGAUGAUCCUCAAGGUUGUGAUGGCUCCCCAUGAGCCCACUGUGGUCUUUGUGGACAACUACAUCAAACUCCUCUCCGACUGCACCACUGACACAUUCCAGAAGAUUCUGGAGAUGAAGGGUCUCAAGCGAAGCGAGCAAAGUAACAUGUUGGACUUAUUCCGCCAGAGGCUCCCGGCUCUUCCCUCGGGCGCCGAAACCGGCGGCUGCAUCUCCCUGGCGGCUCCCACGCCCGAGCAGGAAUCUUCCCGUAUCCGCAAACUGGAAAAACUGAUCAAGAAAAGACUGUAGCUGCUACUUGGCCAUCUUCUUCCUCUCCAGCUGCUGAAGGCAUCAUGGUCCAAACUUCAUUGUCGCUUGCAGGUUGUAUACUUACCUACCCCAUCGAGGGCCUUCCAGAUAGCAGAAAUGUCUCCAGCAUCCCAGCUUCCCCUGUAACCUGUCCGGACGGUCUGCCCGAUGAAUUCAAGUACCCCCCCAAAUCACAUCCUAAUCUUUGGCAGGAAGUUGAUAUUUUCCAAAGUCUUAUCAUUGAAAUGCGAUCCCUGAAUUUUGGCAAGGGUUAAUUUUAUAUUUAAGAAGUAGCCAUGUAGGAUGAUUGAUGUUGAUGCUGGAAUCUUCUUUUGCGACGUUCCAAAUGCAAAAAAAAUUCCCCCAGGAACAGAGGGUCCUCCUUCUUCAUAGACCCCUCACUCCUUCCUCUUUCCGUGGGUAUUUUUUUUUCUCCGAGCUGUUUUCCGGCGUAACUCUGCGAUGGUUUUAUCGGCUUCAUUACAUAAAGCCGUAUUUCCCAACCUCAGCAACUUUCAACUAUGUGGACUUCCAGCUCCCUGAAUUCUGGGAGCUGGAAGUCCAAACAGUUUAAAGUUGCCAAGAUUAGGAGGGGGAAAAGAGACCUAGACAGUCUUUAAGUAGCUCAGACCAAAACUCAUUGUUUUGAGUCUGUUUCAGAAAGUGUCAAUUCCCCGAAGAAAUUUCAGUCAGUUUCAAAAUCAAUUCCGGGAAAUUUCAUAGACAAUUUCAGAAGGAAAAAAAAAAGCUGCAAACUUCAAUUUACGUUUCAUUCAUCGGCCCCAUUCGAUAAAUCCACUUGACAAAUAUAUAAUUCCUUAUUGGGUUCCCUCUACCCCCAUCUCCUCAUCUUUAGUGGGCAAUCUAACCCACCCCCUCCCCAUCCUCCAUUUUUCUGCCUUUCGGAGAGCAGAAACUAAACUUCUUGUCUCUUUUCCACCGACUAACGUGACCCAAGCAAAAAUCUCUGCUGAGAUUCAACCGGAUCUCACCUACCUUGGAUUCGGUCCAAAGAAUGAAACCUCCCUCCUCCAGCCAAAUUUUAUUCGCUACUGGUUUUUGCCAGGAUGAAAAUAUUCCGGAUUUUUUUAAAAAAACAAAACAAAACAAAACAAAAACCACUCGGGAGGCCGCUAGAGUUUUUUUUGUCCAAAAUCAGAAUGUGUUGCACAGCCUUUGGUUCUUUCUGUACUCUUUGUGUGUCUCUGUUUGUGCUUUUCAAAACUGCCUUCUGUUUGUUGGUUUUGUGUUGUUUUUUUUUCCUUUUUAAUUUUGCUUCCUCUGCCCUUCAUUUGUCCAGAGUGGAACAAAGUUUGUUUUUUUUGUUUGCUUGUGUUUUUUUUUUUCGUUUUUAAAAACUUCCUGAAUUCCUGGGUCUUUUUUUCCUUUCCUUUUUUUUUUUAAAGAUAACCUUUUUUCCUUCCUGAGAAUUUCUGGGAUCUGGAAUGCCCCCCCCCCGGUGUGCGUGUGUGUGCGUGUGUGUGUGUGUGUUGAAAAACAUCUGCGGAUUUCUCAUUUUCCCUUUUCUGCUUUGCAGAGACAAAAGCUUCGGGAAGCUUUCGAGACCUUGCACUCCAAAUUUUGGGCCAGGGUAUCGUCACUCCAUGCUAGGGAAACACCCCCCCCCCAAAAAAAAUUUUUUUCACACCCUACAAAACCCCGGACUGCUUUGCAGUGCAUUCAUUAAAAACAGGAAACCUCCCGAGGGGCGGGAGGAGAGGUUCACCCUUCCCCAAAAUUCUUGCAGCUGCUGGAGUUUGCGUGGUGGUUUUUUUUUUUUAAAAAAAAAAGGCGAGGGGUUUUCUGCCUUAAGGGGCCUGCGGAGGUGGAUCCCGUUUGCAAAUUCAGGGUGUUUGAGUUGCUGACACCUUCCCCCCACACACACACCAAUGCAUGCACCCUCGAAGCAAAAGGCCCUGGGGCAGGGUGGCCUGCCCUUGGCCCUUGGCCCCGGAUUGGUUGCGAUCCAGGGUGAGCAGUGUUUGCCCUCGCCUGGCUUGCGAAAGGAAAGGAAAAAAAUCUAAUCAAGGAAAGGUGUAACCAGGACCUGCCUGGUUUUUAUGGGCUUCCGGAGAGCGGGAUAAGAGGGGCCUCCCAAGAGAUCAUCCGGUCUGCUGGCAUCUCGGCCUUCCCUUCCCUCCCUCCCUCCCUCCCUCUGGGCCCUCAGAUUGCAAAAGGUUGAACAAACAGGAAGGAGGGUUGCCCUCUUGAGAAACCUGCUGCCUUGUAAAUAGUAACGUCUUUCAUUCUUUCCUUCCUUCCUUCUUUCUUUCUCCUUUCCUUUCCUUUCCUUCCUUCCCCCUUUCUCUCUUUCUUCCUUUCUUUUUCUCUCCCUAUUCUUCCAUCCUUCCAUCCCUCCCCUCGUUCUUCCUCUUUCUUUCUUUCCUUUUUCUUUCUUCCUUUUUCUUUCUUUCUUCUAUUUUUCUCUCCCUAUUUUUCCAUCCAUCCUUCCAUUCCUCCUCCAUCCUUCCUUUCUCUUUUUCCUUCUUCCUUCCUUCCUUUCCUUUGUUUCUUCUCUAUUCCCUCUUCUUCCUUCCUUCCUUCCCUCCCUUCUUCCUUCCUUCCAUCAGAUGUCUGUCUGUCUGUCUGUCUGCCUGCCUGCCUGCCUGCCUGCCUGCCUGCCUAUCUAUCUAUCUAUCUAUCUAUCUAUCUAUCUAUCUAUCUAUCUAUCUAUCUAUCUAUCUAUCUAUCUAUCUAUCUAUCUAUCUAUCUAUCUAUCAUCUCUCUCUUCCCCUCUCUCAUCUAUCUAUCUAUCUAUCUAUCUAUCUAUCUAUCUAUCUAUCUAUCUAUCUAUCUAUCAUCUCUCUCCCUCUCCCUAUUUUUCCUUAUCUCCUUCCCUUCCUCCCUUCCCAUUGAUUUUAAACGGUUGCCUAAUUUAUCACACCCUUUCUGGCUAAUAAUUAAGACUCCUCAAGUUGUACAUUUCCUGUUAAUAAAGUGGAUUCUCUGGUCA